AUGAAGUCUAAUGCAUGGAGGGUUCUUGAAGUUGAUGCAACUUUAGACUUCAUAAUCUGGUCUCUUGAUCGAGGGGUGUCUUUGAAGGGAAAGAUUUACUGGAUUACUGAAGGUAAAGGAACGGUAAGCAAGAAAAUAGUAAGUUUUGAUUAUUCAACGGAAAGAUUUGAAUAUCUAUGUCUACCGCGUCAGUAUGAUUCCUAUGAGACUCUGUCUCUAUCCGUUGUUAGAGGAGAGGAACUUUCAGUGUUAUUACAACGCGAUAAUGAGUCGAAGACAAAUAUAUGGGUGUCAAAUAAGAUUAGCGAUGAGACCAAAGCGGUGUCGUGGAGCAAGGUCUUAGCAGUAGAUUUGACUUCUUAUGAUAUCAGUGCGGAUGGCGCAAGUUUCCUUUUCGACGAGGAGAGAAAAGUCCUCGUGUGUUGUACUUGGGAUCCCGCUGUAUAUAUCGUUGGAGAGGACAAUAAUGUCAGAGUUGACCAAAAUAUGCCAAGAUCUUUGUUAUCUUUGUUUAAUUACGCUCCGAGUUUGACUCAAAUACAGCAAGAUCCCGGAGGCAAAAGAAAAAGAGGCGACGAAUGA